AGAAUUAAAGAGUAUUUCGGGGAUGAUUUCACAAAGGUUACAUUUUCCCCGGACUUGACAAAGUUCAAAAUGCAAUCUCUCGAUGAGGAUAUUGUUUCUCUAAUGACUCGAAGAGCGUACGACGUAGCCGCCUCCUCGAAGGGCGUUAAAGUUUAUCUGAAUGGCACUCGCGUACCAGUGAAGAAUUUUAAGGAUUACGUUGACUUCUACAUCAAAGGGAAGGAAGACGACGUCGGUAAUCCGUUGAAAGUCGUGUACGAGUGUUGUGGUCCACGUUGGGAAGUGGCCCUCACUUUGUCUGAUAAAGGAUAUCAGCAAAUGUCCUUUGUAAAUAGUAUCGCGACGACGAAGGGCGGCAGACACGUCGAUCACGUGACAGAAUUAAUAGUCAAGCAAUUGAUUGAAACGUUGAAGAAGAAGAAUAAAUCCGGAAUGGCCAUUAAACCGUUUCAAAUUAAGAAUCACUUGUGGAUAUUCGUCAACUGUCUCAUCAACAAUCCCUCCUUCGACUCGCAAACCAAGGAGAAUAUGACUCUGCAGCCGAAAAGCUUCGGCUCUAAAUGUACACUAACUGAUAAGUUUAUCACCUCG